AUGGGUUAUUUAAUGCCGACAAUAUUUUUAUUGCUGGUAAUAUUUUUUAUCUAUCUAUCUAUCUAUCUAUCUAUCUAUCUAUCUAUCUGUCUAUCUAUCUAUCUCAUAAUCAAAUUUGCGAACGAAAACGUGCGAGCUGCAAAACAGGACGCCGGAAUAUUUUAUCAACGCUUCAAUCAUAAUGCGAUGUUUGCGUUUUCCACCAUUUUGUUACCGGAAGUUCAGCAAAACCUUACCUCAAGCUCUUGUCGAUAUUUUUUUUUGUUGUUGACGCUCUCCCUGACUUUCCUCGAUGCUUUCACUUUUCUUGUCUCUUGCAUUCUCUUUCUUUCCAUUCACUCUGACUUUCUUUCCUUUUUGCAUACUUUCUUUCUUUCUUUCUUUCUUUCUUUCUUUCUUUCUUUCUUUCUUUCUCAUAUUCAAUUCUUUCUUCGUGUUUUUCUUUUUCCUCACUCUUUCAUCACUUCACUUCCUUUCCUGUUCACCCAUUCUUUUAUUCAUUCCUUAUUUCUUUCUUUUUUCUCACUCGCUCAUUAUCACGCAUCUUUCUCUUUCUUUCUUUCUUUCUUUCUUUCUUUCUUUCUUUCUUUCUUUCUUUCUUUCUUUCUUCUUUAUGCCAUUCUUGCGUAUAUAUUUAUCAGUCAAUAUUUCUUCCUACUUUCCUUUCUUGUUUUUCUUUCUUUCUUUCUUUUUUUCUCACUCUUUUCUUUUGCUAACCCCUUCUUUAUUUUGUUUCUAUCGUUUCUGAAACAAUUAUGUAUUUUUUUUCUCCUUUCUUCCUUACUUUCAUAUUUUUGUAUCUUUCUUUUACUAAAUUUAUUUGUUCAUUCACAUUUUGGUUUACUCUCUGAUUUUUAUUAUCACUUCUUUCUUUCUUUCUUCCUUUUUCUUUCUUUUCUUUCUUUCUUUCUUUCUUUCUUUCUUUCUUUCUUUCUUUCUUUCUUUCGUUUGUCUUUUUACUUUCUUCAUUUCCUGGAUUCUUAUUCUUACUACUUUACUUUCUUUCAUUUUUAUUUAUUAUUCCUCUUUUAUUUUAUUCUUCCUUUCACCUUCUCUUCCCCCUCUCUCUCUCUUUCUAUCUCCCUGUCCCUGUCUCUUUCGCUCACUCUUUCUUUCUUUUUUUACUUCCCUACUCACUUUUUGACUUGUUCACCUACUUUUCUACUCCCAUUUCCAAUUCAUAUCUUUCAGAUCUAUUCCCGCUUUAAAACAUUCAUUAUCUAUCUAUCUAUCUAUCUAUCUAUCUAUCUAUCUAUCUAUCUAUCUAUCUAUUUUAGUCUGUUUCUGUUUGCCAAUCUAUCUAUCUAUCUAUCUAUCUAUCUAUCUAUCUAUCUAUCUAUCUAUCUAUCUAUCUUAAUCUUCUAUUCAUACAUCCAUCUUAAUCUGUUCAUUAUCUAUCUAUCUAUGUAUUUUAGUCUGUUUCUGUUUGCCAAUCUAUCUAUCUAUCUAUCUAUCUAUCUAUCUAUCUAUCUAUCUAUCUAUCUUAAUUUGUUCAUUAUCUAUCUAUCUAUCUUAAUCUCUAUCUUUUCAUAUCUAUCUAUCUAUCUAUCUAUCUAUCUAUCUAUCUAUCUAUCUAUCUAUCUAUCUAUCUCUGUUCAUAUCUCUUUACAUAUGUAUCUGUCUGUUCACUUCUAUCUAUCUAUCUAUCUAUCUAUCUAUCUAUCUAUCUAUCUAUCUAUCUAUCUAUCUAUCAGAAAACAGAGAACGCGUAUUUGUAAAAUCUCCAAUACCAAGUCUUAUGUGGAUAUUCUUCAAUAUGUUCAAGGUGUGCCAUGUAAUUGA